CUCUAGGCCGCAGCUUAGUGAUCCUCUCAUAGCGCUUACUUACGGCUAUAUCAUCACCCAACCCGAAGCCAACUCUUUCCCGUGCAUUCUUCGCUUUUAAAUUUAUAGCUCCCCCACAGACUUGCUCUUUCCCUGCAUGUGAUCUUCCUCCUUCCUGAUCAUUUUAGACCAUUUGAAGCCCUUGAUCCACCAGCAUUCAAUUUCUCUUGUUCUUGAUCUUGUUCAUUUUCCAGCCAUUCAUUUACUCCAGUCUUUUCCAAUCCUGAAAUGAUGCCUCCUGAGCAAAAAAACAGUUCUGCUAGCAUGGCUGGUUGUGCAGGUCCAGCUAGUAACAUGAUCAAAUGUAGCCGGACAGAAAACAAUUCAGUCCAUGUUGAGCCCCUGAAUUCAGCAACCAAUGUAAAUCAAAGCCCUGAUGAGAACCAAAUAAGCCCUGUUCGAUAUUCGAUCCUUCGUCAAUCACUACGACCUGUGACACUCAAGUUUGAAGAUGUGGCUUACACUUUAAGUUUGAGAGGGACUGGAGGUGGUUGUUUUUCUUCAUCUCAUCCAAAGCCAACUCGCGCUAUCCUGAAUGGUGUCAGUGGAAUUGUUCGGCCUGGUGAGUUGCUAGCCAUGCUAGGUCCGUCAGGUAGUGGUAAAACAACACUCCUGACAGCCCUGGCUGGAAGGUUAUCUGGCAAAGUCUCAGGCACCAUUACAUACAAUGGACUUCCUUUUUCAAGCUCAAUGAAGCGGAAAACAGGUUUCGUUUCACAAGAUGAUGUUUUAUAUGCUCACCUGACAGUGUUGGAGACAUUGACAUAUACCGCUUUUCUGAGGCUACCAAAUAAGCUCUCCAGAAAUGAGAAGAUUGAGCAGGUUGAGUUGAUUAUCAUGGAACUAGGAUUAACUAGAUGCCGAAAUAGUAUGAUUGGUGGCCCUCUUUUGAGAGGCGUAUCUGGUGGUGAGAGAAAAAGGGUCACUAUUGGCCAAGAAAUGCUAGUGAAUCCUAGUUUAUUAUUGCUUGACGAACCAACUUCUGGCCUUGAUUCGACUACAGCUCAGCGAAUUAUUGCAACUUUGAGGUGGCUAGCAAGAGGUGGCCGGACUGUGAUUACAACACUUCACCAACCGUCAAGUAGGAUGUACACAAUGUUUGAUAAGGUGUUGGUUCUAUCAGAAGGUUAUCCAAUUUAUAGCGGCAGUGCUAGUCUUGUGAUGGAGUAUUUCGCCUCAAUUGGCUAUAUGCCUGGCUUCAAUUUCGUCAAUCCAGCUGAUUUUCUCCUUGAUCUUGCUAACGGUGUGGUUCUGGGUACAAGACAGGAUGAUCGAACACAGUUUCCAGGAAGACCAGAUCACCAUGAUGAAAAGAGUUCAAUUAGACAGUUCCUAGUAUCCUCUUACAAGAAGAACCUAUAUCCUUCUCUGAAGGAUGAAAUCCAAAGAAGAUCUCAGGAUCCAGUUAAUUCAAGGGGAGCAACAGGAUCAAAAAGUUCUGAGAAUCAAUGGACCACGACAUGGUGGUUACAAUUCAAAGUGCUUCUGAGCAGAGGCCUUAAAGAAAGAAAGCAUGAAUCUUAUUCAGGACUAAGAAUUUUUCAAGUCAUGUCUGUUUCAAUUCUUUCAGGACUCCUUUGGUGGCAUUCUGGUACUAUCCACAUACAAGAUCAGGUUGGACUUCUAUUUUUCUUCUCGAUCUUCUGGGGAUUCUUCCCUAUGUUCAACGCUGUAUUUGCAUUUCCACAAGAGCAGCCAAUGCUAACAAGAGAACGCUCCUCUGGCAUGUAUCGCCUUUCCUCAUAUUAUUUUGCUAGGACUGUUGGUGACUUACCAAUGGAGCUUGUACUUCCAACUAUAUUUGUAAUCGUGAGUUACUGGAUGAGCGGCCUCAAGCCUUCACUUGUUACUUUUGUGUUGACGCUUCUGAUCAUUCUUUUCAAUGUGCUGGUUUCACAAGGAUUUGGCCUAGCACUUGGUGCCAUUCUAAUGGAUUUGAAACAGGCCACUACCUUGUCUUCUGUGAUGAUGCUUGUUUUCCUACUAGCCAGUGGUUAUUACAUCCGGCAUAUUCCACCUUUCAUUGCUUGGCUGAAGUACAUUUCGUUUAGUCACUACUCUUACAAGCUUCUUUUGGCAGUCCAGUACUCAAACAAUGAGCUUUAUCAAUGUGGUGUAGGUGUUCACUGCAGAGUAAUGGAUAAUCCAGCAAUCAAGUUUCUAGGUAUUGAGAAUUUGGGCAUGGAUGUGGCUGCUUUGGCUGUAAUGUUAAUUGGAUAUAGGCUAUUGGCAUACAUAGCUUUGAGGUUGAGACAACCUCACUGACUGUAAUAGGGGAAGGUCAAUCUGAUAUUUGUAUUCUUAGGCCACCAAGGCUGAUUCAUAUGUUCCAGCAUUAGUCUGUUGCCCUAACAAUCGAAACUCAACUUCAAAUA